CGUCAUUUUCGGCUAACUUGAACUGUUUGAACCGUUUUCGAACUCCUUUUCCUUAGGCGCCAGUCAACUCCCAAAGCUAGAAGGAUCUUGAUUACUUGCGCCACUGCUGUCUUGAUAAGAACGAGAGCCCAUUGCUCUGUAUGUACCUCCUCUCCCCCGUGAAGCUCUAAUGUCAGACUCUCGCACUUGCUCACGACCCAUCCAAAGCUGCUACCAAUGCCGAAAGCGAAAGAUAAAAUGCAACCGCGCUUAUCCUUGUGCACCUUGCAUUCUCAGAGGGGAAGGAGAUGUUUGCAGAGAAGUCGACAAAAACCAAACGAGCUCAAGCAAAUCAACAACGGAGACAUUAGACGAUGUGCUUCAUCGUGUCACAGUCCUGGAACGAGCUGUCUCUCACCUCUCCAAGACAUUGCCUCCGGAUCUAAAUGCUUCUGGCAUCGAUGACUCGGAUAGUUCGAUUUCAACAGCGAUGUCUUCCUCGUCAAUGCCUAAAUCCCGACCACAAAGCUCGUCUAGACCCGUGUGGUCUGCAUCGGAUGGUGAUGUUAACCCGGAAUCAGUUAUCCGGUCUUCAUAUGGCACCGGAUCGACCGAUGAGGAUGUAGCUAUGAUGCUGGAAGACUUCGCCAUGGGUCACCGCGUCAAUCGCUCUCGAGCUGCUCAAGAGUUAGACCCAGGACCAUCCGACUUAUACACACAUAGACAAAUAACUGCUUACGGCUCACAAAACGCACCACCACGUCGUGAGAGUCACGAGAAUGCAACACGAUCAUUGCCUCUGACACCGGUCUCUGCAACGGAUGUAUUUGUGCCGCAAUUAGGACUUCCUGACCACCAUCCACUUGCCCUUUUAAUCGAUAUAAACACCAAUGUGAUUGGUCGACUCGUCUCAGUCUUACCAGCUAAGAGUCAUUGCAUGACUCUAGUCACUUUCUACUUUGAACGCUUAGAAUGGUAUUCAAAAGUCUUACACUCUCCAUCGUUCCUCUCCGAUGCGCAUCAGUUGAUGGGACAAGUGUUUCCAACGGAUUAUUCUGUGCUUGUCCAUGUCUCUGUUCCAUUUUUAUCCGUAUAUUUCAUGGUUUUAUGUCUUUCACUCCAUCUCAUUGAACCCGAUACAUGUCGGAUUUUGAAUAUUGGGUUCGACGAGGCGACAGAGCUUAGCAAGAAAAUGUACAAUGCGGCUCAGGCUUGUCUGUACGUGAGUGACUUCAUCGGGAAUCAUAGCUUGGAAGCACUUCAGUGCCUGAUCCUUAUGGGUGUUUAUCAGCAAAAUCUAGAUGACGCUGACUCACAUUGGGCUCUUUUGGGCUCUGCCAUAAAGAUGGCACAGAAUCUGGGCAUUUCAAGACUUGGUUCAGAGUCUGAUAAUAAAACUUAUACCGGAAUUUGGACGUCUGUCAUUAAACGGGAGGUUGCAAGAAGGAUCUGGUGGAGCUUGAUCUUCAACGAUUGGUCGCAUGCUGCUGCUCACAACGGAGCUUAUUCCAUCCAUCCAUCUCAAAAUCAUACUGGGUUCCCUGCUAACAUCAACGAUGUUGACCUCGUGGAUGGCUUUCCUCUGAAAGUGCGACCCAUUAUGGAGUAUACUGAAAUGACCCUUUCUUUAACAAGAUUUCGCUUUGUCGGUAUAUACAGAGAGAUUGUCGACAAUAUGCAAUCCCCAACAGGUUACGAUUUCGUAACAGAAAUAGAUGCAAAGAUACGCAAAAUGCAGGAAGAGAUUCCUCGCUAUUUUGAGGAAUAUAAUUUAAAUACACCUGAUAAUUCCGCCUCUCCUCCCCCGUAUAAUCCUGCCCAAAAUGUGAAACAACUCGAGCUAACGUUAUGCCUUUUAAUGGGAGAAACAAGACAAUUGCGACUACACAGGCCGUAUCUAUUCAAGGGGUACAAAGAUCGAAAAUACGCAAAAUCUAGGGAGCAGUGCAUCAAUUCGGCAAGGGCGAUUCUCAACCUACUGAAGUCCAAUGAUGAACAGUCAGCAAUACUUCUGAAGUGGUGGAUGGUAUUGUUCUAUGGAUUCGCCGCUUCUGUAGUGUUAUUCAUUGACCUAUGCCAUCAUAAAGCCGACAAUGGCUUAGAAUUAGAAAUGCGUCGAGUGGAAUUAAGGGAGGCGUUGGAUCUUUUCAAAACUGUUGAGCAUAUUUCAACUGUUUCCCGAAAUGCGAUAGCUCUUUUGGAAGGGUUGAUGAGCGUCGAGCCUGAUAUACCCUCAAAGCCUUCCAGGAAAAGAGGUGCUUACACACAAGAAAGUGAAGAGCCUUUUGGUCAAGUCGUCAAGCGGAUGAUUAUCGAUGCACACCAGACUGCAAGUAGUCCUAUCUCCCAAUCCAAUGGGUCUCUUGCAUCCUCACCUACCAAACCCCUGAGUCCAGCCAGUACUCCACAUGCAACACUUCAUCACCGCAGCAGAUCUGAAUCCUAUACAACUUCAAGUUUGAAUGUAACGCCGGAAGUAGGGAUCGAUGAGUACCCCCCUCGUAUCUCCAUUCCUGUGAACCGUGCUAUGCCCUCCAGUUCCUCGCGGUGGUCUUCAACACAGAUCUCACUGCCACAUACACUAUCAAACGGACUUUCGAUGGCGCCAUCUGGCCAUAGCAACACUAAUCAGCGAGGGAAAGAUGGAUUAACCUGCGUGAAUCCAAUUGGAGGAGAACUCGAUAAUUCCUCGACACCCCCCUUCGGACUAGGCUGGGGACUUCCAGCACGGGAUGCGCUCGCCCCAAAUAUUCUUUUCCGCGAGUCAGAGAUGUUUGAGGCGAGUAUAAGACAACUUGACGAAGCAACUAUGAAUGAGCUUGGCCAGCUUCUCUGGAGUGACGAGAGUUUUGGUUAUGGCAUCAGAAAUGCUGGAACCCCUGGCAAUUUAGAAUCUGCGCGCGAUGAGAUAUCGCUCGCCGGCUUCGAGAGUUUUAAUGGUAUGGCGUUUACAGGAACAUGAUACUAUGAUAUGGCGUUCAUAGGACUAUAGUUCAGUACUUAUAAAUAUGUAUAAUCACGAUCCUAUAGAUUUAGAAUCCCGUUUCAUGUAUCGAGAAUAGAGAUUAGGCUUACAGCAGGCAGAGAACAAAUCACCAGCAUCUACGUAAAAUCAUUUAGCAGCAACGCGGUGGAUAUAGUCAAAAAUCUCUUA